UAGUUUUAUUCAAAAUGGAGCAGAAUCCGAAGAAGAUACAAGUUCAGUCAGAAAAUCUAGGUAAGCAUUCAUCCCAAUUGUUGAGCUGAUAACUCGUACCUAUAGAAAUUAUGAGAGGAGAUCUAAGUGCAGAGACGAGCUCUGACAUUACUCAAAAGCAGUCAAAUGAGGGCUGGUCAAUUCCAGAAAUUGCGCGGAAUUUUUAUGAGUUUCCAAAUUAUCUCAAGAAAAGCUUCGAAGAAUCCCAUGAUGAAGCAAGUGUGCAUAUGGGUCAAAUCGAAGAAGACAAGGAAGGCUCUUCAGAUCCGUCAAGUAUGACAGGCACCUCUGAAGAUACCUAUAUUUCCCUUCAGGAGCCUGUAAAGGAAAGAACGAGAUGUUGGGACACCAACCCAUGGAAACUAAAAGCAAGCAAAGCCAAGUUUGAUGCAAUCUGCUCUUCCGCUGGCAAUAAUCAGAGCACCCAGUUAAUCAAGCCUCCAAACCAAAAUGAGAGCGUACCAUCGAACACAACUUGCCAAAAAGCUGAUGGCAAGUCUAGAAAAGUCAAUCCGUUCGGAGUUUAUGUGGAUGCAGAUUGAACAAGACUCAAAGAAUCUGUCUCCGAGAGUAGUUUUGACAUCCCUGAUCAAGAUGAGCUCAAGGAAGAGAAUUCAGUGAAUCCUUUUACGAAGAAAUAUGAAAGUACCAUCUCUUCAAAUAAAUUUCGACCCAGUCGAGCUGGCAUGUACUAUUCUACCAUUUGGGAGAAAUCUAAGUGAAUUAUGAAAGAAUUGAAUGUGCAGCAGAAAUAUGUAGACAUCCAGAGAAAUGCGUAUCCAGAUUUCGGAGGAAAUGUGGAAGAAGAGAUAUACAUAGAGUCCCCUCACGGGUUUGAACUUUGCAGAGAUACUGGUUGUGUAAAUUAUAAAAACUGAUUUCUCAGAUUUCCUUAUGGGAAUAAAAUUAUGACUCUAUCAGAGAAACUCAAGGAUCUUUGAAUUUUCUUGUCUCAAACUUUUCCGAGAAGAGUGAAAUCUUGAGACAUAUAUUUUCCAGAGAGUGAAUGCGCUCCUCCCAAUCAUAUUUUACCUCAAAUCUUGAAAAUUAACUCUGCAGUUGAGAAGGAAAUAUCUUUUAGUGUUUAUCGAUUCAAUGAAAGGCAUUUCAAAAGAUCCCUUGCAGCUUUCAGACAUAUUGAAAAUAUCGAAUUCAAUAGCUGCACUCUCUUAGUCCCAAGAGUUCCUGAUCUUUCGUUGGCUCUCAAGGGCUCUAAGAUCAAGGAGUUAAAGUUCUGCCAUAGUGUUGUCUCAAGUAGUGACGACGAAUUUACCAACCCUGGUGAACUGGAGAACUUGAUUAAAGGAUUCACCACUUCUCCUGAUCUUAUGCAAAGUUUGCAACAGUUAAAGUUUCAAGAUUGGGAGAUUGAAGAAGAAUUGCCAGAAAAUUUUGAAGAAUCAUUCACAAAAAAAUUUGAAAAUUCUUUCGGAAAAAGAAUUGAAAUUACAUUUCCCCGAUAUUAACUAAAAACUAGAGGAUUGGAGCUUG